ACUCCCACUCGCUCUGUGCUUUACCGUUGUGUGAGGAGACGGAUGUUUGUUUAGAGCUUAGAUCCAAAUCACCCUUUAAACUGGAUUUGUUGUAAAUGGGGGAGAUAUAUACCCUUCGUUUUCAACAAAAUUAUCCUGUUAGCCGUUUACAUAUCGACAACUAAAGUUAUUUAGUGUUAUUUUUUGUGAUUGUUCUAAUAACCGCUGUGAAAAAGAAAAAUGGAGUCAGCGGUUAGCCGCUAUCAAGUGUUACACAAUGAGGAUGACCCCUCUGAAACAAGCCUUGCCGAAGAGCCUUCCACUUCUUCCCAGGCUGCCGCAACUAGGAACUCCAUCACCAUGGCAUCUGACAGCGAGUUUCCACCCCCCUCUUAUGCCAGCUUGGCAUUAGGAGCUGCAGCCUCUCCGGAGCGUGUGUUUCAAGGGGAUUUUCCUGUUCCACCCCCCUACAGCGUGGCCACAUCACUCCCCACCUACGAUGAAGUUGAGAAAGCCAAAGCAGCUGAACUUGCAGCCUCGACCAGAGACAGCAUACCACGAGAUGAGGAUUUUCCUCCACGAGAUGAUUUCAGUGAUGUUGAUCAGCUGCGUGUCGGAAACGAUGGCAUCUUUAUGCUGGCCUUCUUCAUGGCCUUCCUGUUUAACUGGAUUGGUUUCUGCUUGUCAUUCUGUCUCACUAACACCAUUGCUGGCCGUUAUGGAGCAAUUUGUGGAUUCGGCCUGUCCCUCAUCAAGUGGAUCCUCAUUGUCAGGUUUUCUGAUUAUUUCACCGGGUACUUUAAUGGACAGUACUGGCUCUGGUGGAUAUUUCUGGUUCUGGGUCUCCUGUUGUUCUUUAAAGGUUUUGUGAACUACCUGAAGGUGAGGAACAUGUCUGAGGCCAUCGCCAGCACACAGAGAGCUCGCUUCUUCUUCCUCUAUUGAAGGAUCAAUUCCCUGAACAUUCCUUCUGCUGAUUUGUAACUUGUUGAACAGGAACAGCAAGUAGAUGCAGUGGGAAAGGGCAUGGAGGAAAAAGAUCGAGAAAGAGGACAAUAAGGAGCUCUCCAAAACCCUGCCCCCUUAUUAAAGCCACUCAAGCUUCAUCAAAUCCUCAUUUCAUCCCUGAUACUAAUGAUUUUUGCCAAAAUUAUGUUUAAAUGUAGUUUAAUAAUGAAUUUUGCUAGUUUUGAAAAAUAUUUACUGUUGAAUGAUGAUCAACAAACUGCACUCAGACAAAUAAAAAAAAAACUGUCUGGCGAAGAUGUCAAUAUGCAGCUAAGAUUUUCUUAAUUUAAACGUGAGCAGUGAUUUGUCAGUCAUUAGCACUUUUUGAAUUAAGGACCUUGGCGACUUAUUGCAGUAUUAACGUGCUUGAUAAUUUAAUUGUUUAAAUAACGAUAAGGUCAAACUUCAUGCUGAUGUACUUUUUGCACAAUUUCUGAGAAAUUUCUGAUGUGGGAAUUUUAUUUAACUGUGUUGUGAUUAGUUACAUGCAUCUGCCAAUCAAAUAGAGAGGAUUUGAGUGGAUUUUGAAAAUGUUCAGUUCCACCUUCUGUCUAUUUCAUUGGUUCAAUCAUAACCCUGUCUACUUUAAGGAGGUUUGUGUUUAGCAAAUUAAUAUUCCCAUGUUUAACUAUAGAUUAGUGUUGUUAAAAUGUUAAGACUGGAAGUGCAAUUCUCAAAUACUCUUUUUUUUUUUUGCACUUUUUUGUUAUUAAAUUUUUUAUUGAUUAAAUAAUAAUGUGUAAAUUUCCUCAAACUGUGAACAGGGAUUAGAUUAGUUUAGGAAAUAUAAACCGCCUGAAUGAGGUGACUGUUUGAUCAGCAAUAGCGGAUGAUUAAUAACAUAGCUCAGUGCAUGGUUAUAAAACUCAGCUGUGCCAUUUUAAACUGAACAAUGAAAUAAAACCUGACAAAAUGCUUACAAA